GGCAGCGCUGGUGUUCGUGAAGGGCGACUGGUGCGAGCACGCUCGCACGCUCGGGCUCGCGUCAUGGAGUCAAGUUCACAACUGCUGCCAGUUCUGCGAGACAGAGCAUUCCGAGCUCCAUCAGUGGUUCGACGAGUUGACCAUGCCCGAUGGCCCAUCGUGGAUGCUUCGAGCACCGAGUGAUUACGAGAAGGCAGCAAAACAGUGCGAGCAAGAGGUGGUUGUAACUUCGGAGGCGCAGCGGAAGGAACUGCUGGCGUCAAUCAGAUGGGCGCAGCCGUCGAAAGGCCUCGGCGGCCGCAUCGUCACCCGCGACGUCGAGGUGAACGGGACGAGGCUGCGCAAGGGGGACAGGAUGGAGCCGAGCGAACACACCCCAGAUGUGGGCACCGUGCACAGAAUGCCACUUCCAAUCCGAGUCGUCUUCUGGCGACAACGCAUCGGAGCUCCGCCAGGAAACCUGCCCCUCGACUGCCUGAACCACAGGUGCCCAUUGUUCGACGAGCGCAUCGGCACCAACCCCGUGCAUAAUCUCGCCAUUGACGCUAUGCACGAUAUUCACUUAGGUGUGAUGCAACGCUACGUGGCAGCGUGUCUGUGGCGGCUAGUACUAAGCAACCCGUGGGGGUUCAGAGGCAACUCCGCGGCAGUAGUGACAGAUCUGGCGGUGAAGCAGCUGUCGUCAGAGCUGGCGUCGUGGCAAAGGUCAUGCACGCCCCCAGUUCCUCACGCGAACCGCAUCGCUAUGAUCACCUUGAAGAUGCUGGGCAAGAAACAUUUCUGCGACCACCAG